AUAGAUUCGUAUAUAGCUUGAAAUCUCUCUUCUAGGGUUUAGUCUUCUGCGGCAGCCAGCACUAACCAUGGUUCUCAAGACUGAACUCUGCCGCUUCAGUGGGGCCAAGAUAUACCCUGGUAAGGGUAUCAGAUUUGUUCGGUCUGAUUCCCAGGUUUUUCUCUUUGCCAAUUCUAAAUGCAAGAGGUACUUCCACAACCGGCUUAAGCCAUCGAAGCUUACAUGGACAGCCAUGUACAGAAAACAGCACAAGAAGGACAUUGCAGCAGAAGCUGUUAAGAAGAAGCGCCGCACCGCAAAGAAGCCAUACUCAAGGUCCAUAGUGGGUGCCACAUUGGAGCUUAUACAGAAGAGAAGAACCGAGAAACCUGAAGUUCGAGAUGCUGCUAGGGAGGCUGCUCUCCGUGAAAUUAAAGAGAGGAUCAAGAAAACCAAGGAUGAAAAGAAAGCCAAGAAGGCUGAGGUAAUGGCCAAGACGCAGAAAACUCAGAGCAAGGGUGUGCCUAAAGGGGCUGCACCAAAGGGCCCCAAGCUUGGAGGAGGAGGUGGAAAGCGCUGAAAACCCUCCUUUUGCCUCAAUUCCAGACUCAUAUUUGGCAUUAUCUGGAGAUUUUGUAUGAAUUGAGAUUGAUCUAAGGUCUGUGUAGGAUCUUUCCCUGUGAUGGAAUUUGUGUUGAAAGUGGGUUGAGUUUUAUAUUCUUUUAUGGACUUGUGUUCUUGUUUUGCUUCCAACUAUGCAUUCUAUCAGAAUGAUUACAACUUCAGUUUUGGAGGGAUUUUUAGGA